UCCCCUCCCUCCUCCUCCAUUGACGCAGUCCGUGCUGCACCAGAUCCUAACAUGGCGGCGGAGGCGGGAGAGAGGUGCUGCUGAGGGGCGCCGAGGCGGGGAGAAGCCAGGGCUCCGAGGCUGGUCUUAAAGGUUGGAAGCCAUGGGAGUGAAAACCCAGAGACCUCGUUGCUUUUUUGACAUAGGCAUCAAUAAUGUACCAGCUGGAAGAGUUGUCUUUGAAUUAUUUUCAGAUGUUUGUCCAAAGACAUGUGAAAACUUUCGUUGCCUUUGUACAGGCGAAAAGGGUACAGGAAAAUCAACCCAGAAGCCAUUGCAUUACAAAAGUUGUCUGUUUCAUAGAGUUGUGAAAGAUUUCAUGAUCCAAGGAGGUGACUUCAGUGAAGGAAAUGGAAGGGGAGGAGAAUCAAUAUAUGGUGGCUUUUUUGAAGAUGAAAGCUUUGCUGUAAAGCACAACAAAGAAUUUCUCCUUUCAAUGGCCAACAGAGGAAAAGAUACAAAUGGUUCACAGUUUUUUAUAACAACCAAACCUACACCUCAUCUAGAUGGGCUUCAUGUUGUUUUUGGCCAAGUAAUCUCGGGUCAGGAAGUUAUAAGAGAAAUAGAAAACCAGAAAACAGAUGCAUCUAGUAAACCUUAUGCAGAAGUACGAAUAUUGAGCUGUGGAGAACUAAUCCCAAAAUCUAAAGCUAAGAAAGAGGAGAAGAAAAGACGAAAGUCUUUGUCUUCAUCCAGUGAUUCCGAAAGUUCAAGUGAUUCAAAGUCUUCCUCUGAUUCAUCAUCUGAAUCUGAUAGUGCUUCUGAAGAAAAAACAAAGAAAAAGAAAAAGAAACACAAAAAGAAUUCCAAGAAACAUAAGAAAGAAAAGAAGAAGAGGAAAAAGAGCAAAAAGAGCUCAGCAAGUGAAAGUGAAGCAGAAAACCCCGAAUCACAGCAACCACUUUCUACUGUCCGUCCGGAAGAGAUUCCUCCUGUCCCAGAAAACAGAUUCCUCAUGAGGAAAAGUCCUCCUAAAGUGGAUGAAAAGGAAAAAGAAACAAAGACCAGGGAAAAAGAAAGGGAAAGUAAUCCAUCGAAUUGUCAGUCGUUGUAUCAGAGAAGACUGUUGGUGACAAGAUCUGGACGGAAAAUAAAAGGAAGAGGACCAAGGCGCUAUCGGACCCCUUCAAGAUCCAGAUCAAGAGAUCGCUUUCGACGCAGCGAGACUCCUCCCCACUGGAGACAGGAAAUGCAGAGAGCUCAGAGAAUGAGAGUGUCAAGUGGAGAAAGGUGGAUAAAGGGAGACAAAGGUGAAGUUAAUGAGAACAAGAAGGAAAAAGAUGCCACAAAUCAGAAAAGCCCAGGAAGAGGAAAAGAAAGGAAAGCAUCUGAGAGCCCGAGUAGAAGAGGAGACAAAGAAAAGAAAGCAAAAGACCACAAAUCUAGCAGCAAAGACAGAGAGACAAGGAGGAGUUCUGGGAAGGAGGACAAAGACAAACAUAAUAAAAGUAAGGCCAAAAAAAGGGCUCGGUCUAAAAGCCACAGCAAAAGUAAAGAGGUGUCAAAAAGUAAGGAGAGAGACUCCAAACACAGCAAACCUGAAGAAAAAAAAACACGUUCAAGAAGCAAAGAGAAAGAUUAUGAAAAAGAGAAGGACAAAGAAAAACACAAUGAUGUUCGUGGGAGAGAAAGGAGCAGGAGUAAGGACAAGAAUAAAAGAGGUGGAUCUAAAAGUAAUGGUCAUAACCAUACUAAAACUAAAGAGAGAGAAAAGCAUGCCAAGUCAAAAAGUAGAGAACGGGAGCAAUCCAAAAGCAAGCAUGGCUCGGAUAAUAAGACAAGAGAACGAAGCAAAAGCAGAGACCGCCGAAGGCGAGACAGGUCCAGAAGUAAAGAACGAGACCGCAGCAGAAGUAAAGAUUACUCAAGACACAAAGAUAAGGAAGUGAGACGAAGAGGGCGAUCAAGAAGUCGGGACAGAAAAGGCACACCAGAGCGAUCUAAAGGUAAAGAAAACAGGAGGAGGAAGGAAUCGUACAGCUCUGAGAGGGAGGGGAGUCGGAAUAAAGAUAGGCAUCGCAGUCAAGAGCACAGGAGUUCUCACCAAAAGCAAAAUGCUGAAAAAAGGAAGCGCUCAAAAAGUCGUGACAGUAGUAGCUCAGAGACUAGUAAGAGUAAAAAGCCCUGUCGAGAUCAGGAGAGAAGUCCUGACUCUAGGAAAAGGCAGAGCAGCAAGGACAGAGAAGUGAAACAAUCAUCUUCACGCAGGAGCAAAGAAAAGGAAAAGGACAGGACCCAUUCUUCACGAGAAAAAGACACCACCCUCAAAUCAAAGAAUCAGGAGAGAGAUCAUUCUCAUGGCAAAGAUAAAAAAUCCGAUCGUGACUCAAGUGCUGGAACUGAUGAAGACAGACAUGGAUGAGUUUAUGGACUUACUGUCUCCAUUCUGCCUCCAGGUUCUAGAGACAUGUUGGGGAACACUUUUUUUUAAUGUGGACUUCAGUUUGGUCUUUUGAUAAUCCACAACCUGGAACAUUUGUACUGCUAAAGUUUUAAUAAACUUGAAAUGGAAAAAAAGAA